AUGGCCCCCAAAUAUUCUGCGAUUUUGCCGGGUGCUAUCAACGCCGAGUCUAUUGGUCUCAAAGGUGACCACCUACCAAUCGUCAAGUAUAACCCGGUGAAGAGUGCCAGUAUGCAGAUAAUCGGUCAGCGACUGCGGGUUCUGGUAGAAUUGGCCACCGAAGCGCCUCAGAAACGUCCGAAACCGCCGCCUAAUCCUAUUGAUGGUGCUUCCCGAGAAAAACCGACCAAUAUACGCGUAGCACCAAUGGAGUCCCAACUGGGCCCUGGACUUCCGGAGAUACGAAACCCUCGCUUCACCGGAAGAGAGUCUAUCCUGAAAAACAUGUCCGAUACACUGCACGGCGGUGUGGAUAGUGAUCGUCAGUAG